AAGUAUUGAGUGUUUCCUUCAAUUUAAAAAGUCUGUCUUUGAAAUUAUAAAAAGAGACAAAAUCUUGUGCAUAAGGGCGCACAAAUCAACUCGCGUACACACACAUAAUUCAUGUAAACUUGAGACCAUUGUUCAUUUGUGAAAAUCGAAGCAUCAAAUAAUUAGAAAUAAGUACAGUUCAAAAUUACCACUACAUAUUUACGAUCUUAGUGUACCUAUUUAAAGAUGUUGCAUAUUGCAAACAUUUGUAGCAUGAACAAAAUACGUGAUCUACAAGGCUGCAGAUAAGAGCAUAAUGUUGCAGCUCAUAACUGGAAGUGGAAGCUGAUGCGAUACAAGUUGUAAAGUAUACAUAUGUAUAUCUGUAGGUCUCAUGAAUAUGGAUAGAACAGAAUUCGCUAUUUAACCAAUGCAUCACAUAUCCAUAGAUUAAAAGUUGCUGCAAUUUGUUAUUUAAUAAACAAAUAUUUAAAAAAAACGUGAUUUGAGUGCGAAUUGGAUAACGCUGAAGCAUAAUAAGAAAUUUUAAAUCCUUCGCAAGGGAUUACCACAUAUUGUUCGCAUCGCCAUUUUGGCGAUUAACCUGUGACUGUGGAAAUGAAUAUUCUACUUUGUUUACUGUUAAUAACAAUUGUGGGAAAUCUAACAUCAAAUUCUGCCUACGGCCAAAUACAAUACACAUCCAAAAAUCAUAAUGACAAGCUUCAUUCUGCAUCGCCAAUCGAGCAAUCUGUACUGGCUCUUCGAGUUGACAGGGUGGGACGCAGUGAGGCGGCAGCCCCCAAGGUUAACUUAACUGAAAAUGAUUUGAAUGGGCUGGCCAGAGAUGUCUCUGGGAACUUCAGCAGCAGCAUAAUUACACAUGUUGCCAAAUUUGAUACGACGCUCAAUCACCUUCUUGUGGACACGAUAACCGGACGAGUCUUUGUUGGCGGUGUGAAUCGACUGUAUCAGCUAUCGCCAGACUUAGAGCUGCACGAAACUGUGAGGACGGGUCCACAAAAUGAUUCAGUCGAGUGCACGAUACUUGACUGUCCUCUUAAUGCUGUGCGAAAGCCCACGGAUAACUUUAAUAAGGUGCUGCUUAUAGAUCGUGCCACGUCACGGCUUAUUGCUUGUGGCUCCUUAUUCCAGGGUACGUGUACGGUCCGCAAUCUUCAAAAUGUUAGCAUAGUUGAGCACGAGGUGCCGGACGCAGUUGUUGCCAAUGAUGCGAACUCGUCAACGGUGGCUUUUAUUGCACCUGGACCUCCCCAACAUCCAGUGACAAACGUAAUGUAUGUGGGUGUAACCUAUACCAAUAAUUCACCGUACAGAAGCGAGAUACCGGCAGUUGCGUCUCGAUCACUGGAAAAGACUAAAAUGUUUCAAAUUGCCUCAUCGGCUGUAACCACUGGCACGCGCACCUUCAUCAAUUCAUACGCCCGCGAAACAUAUUUGGUUAACUAUGUGUACGGGUUCAGCUCGGAGCGGUUUUCAUACUUUCUCACCACCCAGUUGAAGCACAAUCAUCACUCGUCGCCUAAAGAGUAUAUAACUAAGCUGGUGAGGAUUUGCCAAGAGGACUCCAACUAUUAUUCAUACACUGAAAUUCCGGUGGAGUGCAUUAGUGACGCUCAGGGCGGUACUAAGUUUAACUUGGUUCAGGCUGGAUUCCUGGGAAAACCUAGCUCGGAUUUAGCUCAAAGUUUGGGCAUCUCGAUUCAAGAUGAUGUCCUUUUUGCUGCCUUCUCAAAGGGGGACAGCAACAUUCCAACCAACAACUCGGCACUUUGCAUAUAUUCCUUAAAGUCAAUUCGUCGCAAAUUUAUGCAGAAUAUUAAAUUAUGCUUCAAUGGAGUUGGAUUGCGUGGCCUCGACUUUAUCUCGCCCAGCAUGCCUUGUGUUUUAACGAAACUACAAACAAUUGGUGAGGACUUUUGCGGAUUGGACGUUAAUUCGCCACUAGGAGGGGAGCAGCCAAUCACAGCUGUUCCAGUGGCAAUGUUUAAUUCGAGGCUUACAUCAGUGGCUGCGACCAGCACUAGUGGCUAUACGGUGGUCUUUAUUGGCACAGCUAACGGUUAUAUUAAGAAAGUAGUCGUUGAGUCCUCGACCGUUGCAAACGAAUAUGCAAGCCUGGCAGUGGAUGUGGGCUCUCCCAUAAAAAAGGACAUGCAGUUCGAUAACCAGAACCUAUAUGUUUACGCCAUGUCCCAGCGCAAAGUGUCCAAAGUGAAGGUGUAUGAUUGCGCCGACUUUAAGACAUGUGGCGAAUGCCUGGGCGCCAAAGAUCCAUAUUGUGGUUGGUGCUCACUGGAAAAUAAGUGCAGCCCACGGUCGAACUGCCAAGAUGACGCCAAUGAUCCAUUAUACUGGGUCAGUUACAAAACGGGAAAGUGUACAACAAUAACAAGUGUUGUGCCCCAUCAAUUGCAGCGUACUACCGCUCGCACCUUAGAGCUUAUCAUCGAUCACUUACCACAGCUGAAAGAGAAUUUAAUUUGUGCUUUCACCACCGAAGACAAGGCUCUGUUCACAAAUGCCACUAAAAAGCGUAACGGUGUUAACUGUACUACGCCACGUACGGAUAUGCUACCACAAAUUGAGCAGGGCAAACAUCAUUUCACGGCGAAACUGUCUGUGCGUACAAGAAACGGUCCAGACCUUGUAUCAACGGACUUUACGUUCUUUGACUGCAGCACACACUCAUCGUGUACACGCUGCGUAUCAUCGGAGUUUCCCUGUGACUGGUGCGUCGAGGCUCACCGCUGUACGCACGAUACAGCCGAGAACUGCCGUAAUGAUAUACUUGUGACUGGCGUUAGCCGAAUAGGUCCAAGCUAUCGCUCGGGCCCUGGCUUCUGUCCAACCAUUAACGCCACCGGAGAUGGCAGUGAGGUGCUUGUCGCUGCCGGAACUAGCAAAUCGAUUAAGGUCAAGGUUCACAUAAUUGGACAAUUUAUUGUGCAGACACGCUUUGUUUGCCAGUUCAACAUUGAAGGCCGCGUGACCAGCUUAAACGCCCAAUUGCUUGGCGACACUAUCUACUGUGAUAGCAUGGAAUUUCAAUACACAUCGCGAUCCCCGAAUUUAACUGCAACUUUUGCGGUCAUUUGGGGCGGCUCCAAACCUCUUGAUAACCCGCAUAAUAUUCACGUUGUUAUUUAUCGCUGUCGCGACAUGGCUGACAGCUGUGGGAUAUGCUUAGCAUUGGCUGAGAAAUACAAUUGUGGCUGGUGUUCAUCUACAAAUACAUGUGAGGUGGUGGAACAGUGUAACAAAAAUAACGAAGGCAAGACGGAUUGGCUGAAUCGCAGUGAAAUUUGUCCAAAUCCAGAAAUUCACUCUUUUGGUCCGAAAACUGGGCCCUGGGAAGGUGGUACGAACAUAACAAUAAAGGGCAUAAAUCUUGGAAAAAACUAUAACGACAUCUACUCGGGCGUUAGAAUCGCUGGCAUUAAUUGCAUGCCCUUUCAACAGUUUUACAUAGACACAAAACAAAUUGUGUGCACGGUGGAUAGUCCCGGUGAGCAAAUGUACAGGAAUGGGCGUAUUGUGGUACAAAUAGGUGACUACCGCGGCGAAUCAAAAGAAGAUUAUGAGUUUGUUGAUCCGAAAAUAUCGAAUUUUUAUCCUCGAUUUGGACCUACCUCUGGUGGUACACGAAUACAUAUAAUUGGCAAACAUUUAAAUGCCGGUUCACGUAUACUGGCAUUUAUAAAUGAUCAUUUGCCUUGUAAAAUCAUUAGCACUGACUCAUCACAAGCAAUUUGUCGGACUUCGCCGUCUCCUGGUAUUAUUCAAGGUGGACUGAAAAUGUCAUUUGACAAUGGACCCCGAGAAUUUAACGAUUACAAUUUUAAAUAUGUACUCGAUCCAACUGUUGAACAGGUCAGUUCCGGACCCAGUGCCCAGAUUAAAGUGCCAAAGGGCAUUCCGGCUGGCGGGAUCCGAAUUGCAGUUACUGGUACACAAUUUACUAGCAUACAAGCACCAAGCAUUUAUGUUUUUUACAAAGGUCAAAUGUAUGUGAGUCAAUGUCGAGUUCAGUCAGAUUCGGAAAUGGAAUGCCCGUCUCCAAUUAUUGAAGCUGAUAGCCAAAUCUUAGACCCAGAGAACCCCACGUUGCUUGAGUAUGGCUUUCUAAUGGACAAUGUGCUGGGAGUGCAAAACUUAUCAAAGACGCAUAACAAUCAUUUUGAGCUUUACCCAAAUCCUGAAUAUUUCACGUUUGAGGAACGAGUCAAAUACUUUAAAAGCGAAUAUCUGACCAUAAAUGGCCGCAAUCUUGAUCGCGCUUGCAAGGAAAGUGACGUCGAAGUUAAGAUUGGUAAUGGUUACUGCAAUAUUACGUCUCUAUCACGACAGCAAUUAACAUGUCGGCCACCCACUGAAUCGGCGGCUGCCAGUAACAGUCCCGGUGGACCAGAGGUUAUUGUGCGUAUUGGAUCAUCACUGCAAUAUCGUAUUGGCAUACUGAGUUACGAGUCUUCGAACUUAAUCACGGAUUGGGGAGAUAACGUUGUAUUUUUUGUAAUAGCCGGCUGUGUAAUUCUAUUGCUGUUCUUUGUUGCGUUGCUUGUGGCAUACAGAAAGAAAACUUCGGAGUCAAACCGUGUACUUCGCAACAUGCAGGAACAGAUGGAUAUUUUAGAAUUACGUGUGGCUGCCGAAUGUAAGGAAGCAUUUGCCGAACUCCAAACGGAAAUGACAGACUUAACGGGCGAUCUAACUUCGGGUGGCAUACCAUUCUUGGAUUAUCGGUCGUAUGCGAUGAAAAUACUGUUCCCAAAUCAUGAAGAUCACGUCGUCUUGCAGUGGGAAAGGCCAGAACUGUUACGCAAAGAAAAAGGAUUGCGCCUAUUUGCACAACUGAUAAUGAAUAAAACGUUCCUUCUUCUUUUUAUAAGAACGCUCGAGUCGAAUCGUUAUUUCUCUAUGCGUGAACGUGUUAAUGUUGCUUCAUUAAUAAUGGUCACAUUGCAAUCUAAACUGGAAUAUUGUACGGAUAUUUUGAAAACACUGUUGGGUGAUCUUAUUGAGAAAUGCAUUGAAGGAAAGAGUCACCCAAAACUAUUACUUCGUCGCACCGAAAGUGUAGCAGAAAAAAUGUUGAGUGCAUGGUUUACGUUUCUCCUCUAUAAAUUUCUGAAAGAGUGUGCUGGAGAGCCUCUAUAUAUGCUAUUUCGGGCAGUUAAGGGCCAAGUGGAUAAGGGCCCUGUUGAUGCGUGCACCCACGAGGCCCGCUACUCUUUAAGUGAAGAGAAACUAAUUCGUCAAUCAAUCGAUUUUCGACCAAUGACUGUGAAUGCCAGCAUCACACAGCAGCCAAUAUUUUGCAACAAUUUGGAUAUGUUGCCAUCGCACACUGAAAACGUGUCAGUUAAAGUGCUCGACUGCGACACAAUCGGUCAAGUUAAAGAAAAAUGUUUAGAAACAAUUUAUAGAAACAUACCAUCCAGCCAAAGGCCACGCAAAGAUGAUUUGGAUUUGGAAUGGCGAACUGGAGCAACAGGGCGAGUUAUCUUGUAUGAUGAAGACGCUACUUCGAAAACGGAGAGUGAGUGGAAAAAAUUAAAUACAUUGCAACACUACAACGUGCCAGAUGGAGCUGGUCUGAGUUUAGUACCAAAGCAAAGUUCCAUUUAUAAUUUUAGUAUAUUAUCGGAUAAAAACGAGAAAUCUCACAAGUAUGAAACUCUAAAUAUAUCGAAGUACACCUCCUCCUCACCGACAUUCAGCCGCGCCGGCAGCCCUUUGAACAACGAUAUGCAUGAUAAUGGACUAAAAUAUUGGCAUUUGGUCAAACACCAUGACAGCGAUGUUCAAAAGGAAGGAGAACGUGUUAAUAAAUUGGUCUCCGAAAUAUACUUAACAAGACUGCUGGCGACUAAGGGUACUUUGCAGAAAUUUGUAGAUGACCUUUUUGAGACUAUAUUUAGCACCGCUCAUCGUGGCUCUGCCUUGCCCUUGGCAAUUAAAUAUAUGUUUGACUUUUUGGAUGACCAAGCCCUAUUGCAUGGAAUUACAGAUCCUGAAGUCGUGCACACUUGGAAAAGCAACAGCUUGCCUUUGCGUUUUUGGGUUAAUUUAAUAAAAAAUCCUAAUUUUGUAUUUGAUAUACAUAAAUCAAAUAUUGUGGACUCCUGCCUGUCUGUUGUAGCUCAAACAUUUAUGGAUUCUUGCUCAACUUCGGACCAUCGAUUGGGCAAAGAUUCGCCAAGCUCAAAGUUAUUAUAUGCUAAAGAUAUACCCGAGUAUCGCAAAUGGGUUGACCGAUAUUACAGGGAUAUUCGGGAUAUGUCCUCAAUUUCCGAUCAAGACAUGAAUGCUAUGCUCGCUGAAGAAUCAAGGCUUCACACCACGGAGUUCAAUACGAAUUGCGCAUUACAUGAACUCUACACUUACGCUGUUAAGUAUAAUGAGCAGCUAACGGUUACGCUGGAGGAGGAUGAAUUUUCACAAAAACAACGACUUGCCUUCAAAUUAGAGCAGGUUCAUAAUAUCAUGUCGGCUGAAUAAAUCACAAUACUCAAAAGGAUAGAAAUUAUGAUUUAUAACUAAAGGAAAAAACGGUAUCAAAGUUUUGUGCGUUAUCCAAUUACGAUUAAAUACGAAAGACAAUUCUUUAUAUACAUUUACUCGUACAUAAAACAUACCACCUAUGCAAAUAUAUAAAUGUACGUGUGUGUAAGUUCCAUGACUAUAGUAUCUGAAUAAUCUGCUUCGUACUUUAUUUGUUCCAAUUUCAUCUAAAUAAUAUAAUAGUGUAUGUGAUGCAGCCAUAAACAUUUACAGCUGCAAAGUAGUACUGCCAUAAAAGGAUCAACGUUUCAUAUUCAUUAACUUACACUAACAGCAUUCCAUUGAGAACACUACAUGGAAAGGAUUAAAAUUUUUGUUUUUUUUUCUGUCAUAUGUGUAAUUUGCUCAUUGAUAUAGUAUAUGUAUGUAUGUUUAUUGUACUAUACUGCAUGUCAGUAAAAUAUUAUUGUCUAAGAAUCUAUAUUCAAUAUAUAAUAUAAUCCAAACGCAAACGCAAAAAUCGACUGAUUUUAAUAUACAUGAAAACUAAUUAAUAUUUUAGUUUCAAAAGUAUAUGUAAUAUGUAAUUUAUAAAUAUGAAUCUGCAUCAAAAUUGAUAAAGAUUGCAACUACAAUGUCAUGUGUAGUAAAACAGACGAAAUUUUGUACUACAUAAAUUAUUCUAUCAGUGAAUACUAUGUUACCUGGUAACCCUGCGGAAACUAAACGUAGCAAUACUAACCUAAUCUUACCGUAAGGUCACUCGGGGCAAAACGGUUUUGCAGUAAAUUGUAUGGCAUCCGCUAAAUUUGUAUUACAAAAGAAAAACAUCAAUGAAUUUUAAUCGAUUGUCAGCAGAUUCUUCGUAGAUAGAUUUAUACAUAAAUAUAACAGCACUUGAUGGAAUAUGAACACUGUUAUAUUGUUUCAUUUUAUUAAUUAUACAUUAUACAUAUAUGUGCAUUAUUGUUAUAAGUAUGUAAUUACAUGUAUUAAUGUCUGUAUGUAAUUAUGAUUACUUUUAAUCAACGUGUGUAUUUCAUAACAUUUGUAUGUAAAUUAUUUAUUUUUACUUCGAGAAAUAGGGUAUUUUAGACAACUAUUGCUUACAAUAAAUUUUUUUAAUUUAAUUUGGCUUUGGGGAUUAUUUUGUUCAUUUAUUGUUUGAAUUAUUUAAAAUUCUUUGUCUGUAGCUAAUAAACUGUCCCCAAAACAUGAAACAUCAGCUUUCAGCUUUCUAAACAAGCCCAAGUGAUUGAUGAUCCAUAUAUAAAAAGCAACGGGUACAUACCUAUUGUCUAUGUAUGUGUGUAUUCUGAGAAUGCGCCAUCUUUCCUUCCAUUAUACAACGAGUGGGAUCUGGCUUAAUUAAGCCCUAUAACUUUGUGUUUUUGAGGUUUUCUUUAAAUUAAAAUAAUGGUUCAUCUGGUCAAUUUCAUAAUUAUACAACACAUACAUGAUAUGUGUGUAUAAAGACAUAAAUAUGUAUGUAUUUCAUAUUUAUAACAAAAUUGUAGAAAGUAAAUGUAUUGAAUGUAUGUUUGUAUUAAGUAACCUGAUUAGUAAGAAUUACUGAUUCACAAUAGUUGUAUGCAUAUAGACCGACGUGUAGUUUUUAUGUUUGUAAAGUGUAUGUUAUUCAUUGUAUUAGUUUUCAUUUUGUCUUGUAUUACCCUUUUUUCACUGCACUUUAUCCCAAUAAUUUUACGCAAGAAAUUAUAUCGACCAAGGUGUCCAUCCUCAACCAAAUGAUAACAAAGUUUUGUUAGUUAGUUUUGAUAUUUCUACAUUAAAGUGAAUCACGAUUUCACACAGGACAUUUCCGGGGUGAACAAAAUAAUAAUAGCUGCUGCUGGCAGUACUUAUGUCUGCCAGACUUAAUUUAAUGAUAAAAUUUAACUUAAUUUUUGACGAGCCGAGGAUCUCUGUUUUUUCUUAUACUUACCAUUUCGGUAUUAAACGUGCAUACUCCAUCAGAAUAUGCAUAAAGUCUAAAGUAAGCUACAUCUACGUAUAGUAUGUAUGUACUAUUAAACCACCGAUACAGGACCUGCACACAAAAGAUACGUCAACAUCCGACUAACGGUAAAUAAAUAUGCGACGUGUAAGGUACACAUUAUUUUAUCACCUUUUUAUUUUUACUUACAAUACAUUUUAUUUUCAAUGCUUAGGACAUAUUUAUAAAGACAAAUAUACAUUAUAAAUAGUUAUUUCAAUUAAGAUUUCAUUACUGUACGGAGGGGUACUCUUUAUUUUGUCGUGAAUUUGUCGUGCCCGACUCCAUCGAGUUAAAUGUGUUUAUUCUUGAUCGAUUAUAUAUUUUAUUACAAGUCUUAUCGACUGACCGUCCGUAUGGUUGCUUCGCCAACUUCGGCUAUUCGAAAAUCUCAGUUAUUGUUUGUAGUUUUGGAAGAUAUUUGGGUUUUCAUGUUUUAGUUUUCCAGUUGUCAAAUAAUUACUUAUACUUAUAGGUAAAUAUAUAUGUGUACAUAUAUACAUAAUAAAUUUAUACAUUUUUGUGGUUGUGCGUAAAAAUAUAACGAUAGUCCAUAAAAUGUUGUACUUUAAUGUCUAAGUACUCUAGCAAUCGAAUACUACAAGUGGAAAUUAAGAAUAACAGAUUAAAAUACCACUGUCAUCUAGGUGUGCACAAUCAUUAAAGCAUUACAACAGAAAUUAUAAAUAUAACGGCUAAAAUAACUUGUGUAAACAAUAAAUGCAAAAAUAAUAUAAAGCUUCCGCUAUUAUUAACAUAUCUGUUAGACAUUGUACCAUAAAAAAGCAUUUAUUUGAAAAGUACUUCUAUAAAUAUACAUUUAGUUUACGAAACGAAUCAUUUUUAUUUGGAUUUACAUACCUAAAGUGAAGUUUUAUAGCUACAUAUGUAUUUAUUGAACAAAUACUAAAUGCACACCAUUUUGUAAGGCAAAAGUCAACUUAAAUUUAAUUAUAACGAUUUGUAUUUUCUAAUGCGAAGUAUCCGAAAGAAUUAAGUAUGUUAAGUAUGUGUAUUUAUACUUAAUUCAUUCGGAUUUAUCACCAAAUUAUUAUACACAAUGUAAUUGACCUAAGGCGACUGAGUCAUUCUCAAACCUAUGUAACACGUAUCAGAAUAUGAUUAUUGUAUUUUCAUCUAUGUGUGUGUGUGCGUGUAAAGUAUUUUAAAAUAUACGAAUAAAAUUUGUGAGAAACUGUCAA